AGCAGGAAAUUCGUGUUUGCACUGCUGAAAACUGCUCUUCUUCGACAAUGUCGCGUUCGAAUAUUUUGAUGAUUUCAAAUUGAUCGAGUUAAGGAAAAUUUAGAAACUAAUAUGUAAAAUGGUAUUCUUAAAACAUCUUGAUUUAUAUACAUAGAUUCAUUAUGUUUCUUCAAAAUUUUGAUUAUUCUUGGAACGGAUGAUUAUUGUUAGCUGAUGGCACGCGACGCGAUAGUUAUUCUUAUCCAGUCCUAAAAGCGUACAUAUAUUUUUAAGCAAGUUGUCAUCGAGAAGAUCGAACGGUUGAUUUCACGGCUGCUUAAAAAGAGCACGGAGACCACCUAGACGUCACAUUACGAUGUCAACGACUUCUUCCUGGACCACAAACCGCCUCGACCGUGUGUCCAGAAUGAAUGGUGACGCCACGGGUGGCACCCUACCGAAGAGAACUGCAUACAACCGGAAGAUCUGGCGGCCUCUGGUGACACGACGGACAGUUAUUAUAUUUUGUUAACCGUCAAAAGUGGCUCCGACCCGCGGAAGUGACGAAACAAGAACAGGAAGGGUUUUACGCCGUGCACGUGCAACGCUGAAGAAACGUCCCACAUCAAUCACGAAAAAUGGAAAACGGUUUGUGCAAAACAAACGACGCGAUGUUCUCGUCUCGUCUGGAUACUACUACCAAGUACCAACGCGUCGGAAAAUCUGGUUCGACCAAUAGGGAGGCGGGAUGGUGGCCGUGGCCAUGCCCAGCAGCCAAUCGGGUGGCGCGUUGGUUAGCUGUCAGCCGAGCCACGCCUCGGCCAAUCGGCGCUUAGCUGCGCAUGACGGAGUGGCUCGAUCUUGAAACACGCCGGAGCGGCAGUUCCUUCUGGUGCGUGCGUAGGAGAACGUCUCUCUUUCGUCCGGUCACGAAAGAGAGAGGGAGUGUAAAAUUGACAUUUCGCGAUUCAUCGUCGAACUGUUCAAUGUAACGAGUAAAUACGUCGUAUUGUCGUGUGUGAUCUUUAAGUAGAAUCGGAACGAGUGGCGUGUUUCAAACGCGGUGGUGUUUAAACAGUGGAUUCAUGACGUUCAAGUGCAUCGUGUGUCGCGUGCUUUCAACGGUCCUCAGAGUCGACGACAGUUGAAACGAAGAAGUGUUCUCGGUUGAUUUUCCUCGAAAAGAAGAAACGAGAGAGAAAGACAGAGAAAACGGACUAUUUAACACGCUCCUAAUAAUAGCCGGUGCGCGUUCGUACGCGAGUAUACUAAGCGCCUAUAAAUACACACCUACCACGGCCCGCGGAAACACGAGCCCGUGGAUUUCACGUUGCAACCUGCCACGAGGAGAUAGAAAAGACGCGAGUCGAAGGGAAAAGAGGGAGAAUAUAAUCUUGAAGGAGGGCGCACCUGGCGCUCUAAGAGAAACUUGCCAUAAUCGGAUCUAGUCGGAGGUAGUAACGCAAGAUAAUCGCUGUAUACGGGACAAGGGAGAUAGAGAGAGAGUGUGUAGUGUGUGAAGCAAUCGGGUCCACCGGCUGCUGGCGUAUCAACUUGAAAGCAGAUUAGAGAAUAACCGCACCUGGAACGAGAUUUUAUUAUUUCACGGGGGUAUAUCCCUUCCUUCCGUCUCGUAACACGAGAAACAUCCCAGUAGAGUUCGUCGGGCAGCCGAGAGCUUGCAGCAACUCUCUACCAGUGGUAGCCUAAAAAUAUCUUCUUCCUGCAUAUUCUGACGCGUUUACACCAUCGCGAGAGUCUCGUUGUUCUUGUGUUACCAAAUACUUUUUAACUCUUUGCUUUCAUCCCAAUCGACCGUUUCAUUUAGAAGAGAGAUUCUCCCCGGUAAUAAGAACCCUAAGUUUAACCUAAAAGAUCAGUUAUAAACAUACCGGAAGAUGUUACGUAGAUAACUGUACAUAAAAGAACGUCGUAAAUGAUCAUUAAAAAGUGAUGAAGAUCAUCGAUGAGACCAUCCCCGCCAGUGGCUCUUCCGUAGCUAAAUAUUUGCCGUCGGAACGAUCCUCAAAGGAAUCAGAUAUCUUCCGUCGGCUGUGCGCGGGUUCCUUCCAAGGAAUCUUAACCGUAAACGAAUAUUCGACCGCGUUGUAAAGAAAUAGUGAGUGAAACGAGGUGCAAAGAAGGAAAGUGGUCCACGGUGGAGGGUGGAGGAGGGAACGGUGUGCAAGGGGUCGCCGUGGGCCCCGGAGAUGAUGCCAUGAUGGCCUACGGAGGAACCACCGGAAACGGAGGUGCGAUGGGACCUUCUUCUGGUGGUACGGAUGUUUUGGGCUCGACCGGUGAUUACAGCCCGCAGGGGACACCGACACCUCUCACGGGACACUCGGCGGGACCCGUCGAGGCGAGUACCUAUGGUCCUGGAACAGGACCGACCAGUUAUAGCCCGCAAGAUAGCCCUGCUAGUUCCGCCGGCGGCGGUAGCGGUAGCAAUGGACAACUACCGAGCUUUGGAUUUACCCAGGAACAAGUCGCCUGUGUUUGCGAGGCGAUGGUGUCGUCUGUCCAGGUUCUCCAGCAGGCUGGCUCCGUGGAGAGACUCGGCAGGUUCCUGUGGUCCCUGCCGGCGUGCACUAGGUUGCACCGACACGAGAGCGUCCUGAAAGCCAAGGCGAUCGUCGCCUUUCAUCGGGGACAUUUUAAGGAACUGUACAGGAUCCUUGAGAGCCACACGUUCAGUCCGCACAAUCAUCAGAAACUGCAAGCUCUUUGGCUCAAGGCUCAUUACAUUGAGGCCGAGAGACUGAGGGGAAGGCCUCUUGGGGCAGUCGGGAAGUACCGCGUUCGACGCAAGUUUCCUCUGCCUCGUACAAUAUGGGACGGCGAGGAAACAUCUUACUGCUUCAAGGAGAAAUCCAGGAGUGUGUUGAGGGAUUGGUACGCUACCAACCCUUAUCCUUCGCCCCGGGAGAAACGUGAAUUGGCGGAAAGCACGGGUCUCACCACUACGCAAGUCAGUAACUGGUUCAAGAACCGGAGACAAAGGGAUCGUGCUGCCGAACACAGUGGCCAAAGAGAAGACAAAACCCACGUCGGUGGACUGGGUGAUUCGAGCAGCGAGAGCGGCGACGAGACGAAGAGACAGGCGGUCAGCCAACAACAGCAACAGCAACCUUCGUCUUGCGCCGUUCAACAACAGCAACAGCAGCAACAGUUGGUGGAGCACCAGCAGACGCCCGGCAUGUACCAGCUUCCGCCUCCGGUUUCCGUUUCCAGCCCGCACUCGUACCACCAAGGUCACGGCUCGACCUUGAGCCAUCCUCACACACCCACCCACCACAUGCAACACCACGACACAGGCAGCGAGAGCGGCGACGACAAGCGAAACCUUCAUCAUCAGCUGCAACAUCAUCUCCAGGUCGGUGCUCAUGGUACUCCCCACGGCUUGGUACAUCCCACGGCGACCUUGCCACCGCCACCACCGAGCUGCGCCCAACAGAAGACCCAGUUGGACUAUAUGCAGUACUAUAGUCCACAGGAUUAUCUGAUCACCCCGACCUCGGCGGAUCUGCAGAAGUCCCUUCCGCACACGGCCACGUCGAUGCAGAUGGGUGCUAUAGCACCUUCCAUGGGUGGGCUUAGCCCGAUGGGCCCGUCGACGAUGCUACCUAACACGAUGCAGGGCGUGAACACUAUGAACACGAUGUCGAUGAACGGCAUGGGCAUGGGUGCCUACCAAGGCAUGGGUUCCAUGGGGAUGUCUACGUCGCACGGUAGUUAUCACAGCGGUCUCGUCCUGGGUGAUUAUCACUCGUUGUGACCUUGGGCCCCGAGCAGUCAGGGCAAAAGGAACCAAGAGAAAACCUAACUCGUUUCGAUUCGUAAAAGGGUCUGCCAACGGAAUUGUUCCCGUGAUAUUCGCCGAGUCGCUAAGCUUUAACGAAAUGACAGACACUAGAUUUUGUCCGGAAUGCGUGUUGGGUACAUUAUCCGCGCUCGGCGAAUGUAGGUAAUUAGGAAACGCGUUCUCUGUCGCUUUCGAGGCGGAGAAUAAUUCGUCGAGACAUUCUCGAUGGUAAAUAGGACAGUUUUGAAGUCUGAAGGCAUCGUGUGAUUUGAUUGAAACAGGUCACUUGAUACGUUCAAUCCGGAUGAUGUCUUAAGACGUCGAGCUGAAUCUGCAGAGAUUCUGAGGUAGUCUUGAGAAAUGUUCCUGGUUAAACGUGUUAAUCAGUUGCUUAUUAUGAAAAAUUUCACUAUAGACAUCGAAGUAUCUUUAAUUAAUAGGAUCACGCGAUGCCUCGACUUUGAAGUAACCGAGAAGCAAGCACGCCGUUGUUAACGCAGACAUGGCGCACCCGCACCAGUUCUCCCGACGGAGGGAGCUCAUAGUAGAAUAUUAUUAUUAUUAAUUAAUAGUAGCCGUGGAACGAGAGGAAAAUCGAGGCAACGGGGGAAACGCUUCCGGGUGAAAAUAGCAAAAGACAUAUUAGCAUUUUUCUUUUCCCGUAUCGCGUAGCGCGCGAGACAAGCCAGAGCCUAAUUACUUCCAGAAACGCAACCCCUAUGGCAGGGUUGUGACUAUAUUCUUUUCUUUUCUUUUUCUUUUUUCUCGCGAAUCGCUCCGUACUUCUAAUCUCGUAGCGUACCGCCUCUACCUUAGGUCCCUUUGAAUAAGAACACGAGCAUAACGUUAUUUACGGUUACCAGUAGACGGUUCAGACUCCGUACAAGCUUCAGCAAGCUGCCAAUUUUCCUUGACCCCUUCGAAUGCUGUGUUUUCAAACGUCCGUUCGAAACAGUGAAAAUUAACGAGCUCUGCUUUCGGCCAAGUUUCUCGGAACACAUGAUUGAUUAGUCAAGCAAUUACAGCGCAAUUGAAAAGUUUGGCUCGUAAUGUUUUUCUUAACACUUUCCGCUAUAGCAACGAAACUGUACUUAAUUAUGAUUAAAAGUACUUAAAUUGGUUAUAGUCAUUUUAAGCUUGCAGAGGUUGAAUUUCAGAAUCAAGUUUCAAAAUAUAACGUCCCGGCAUUUGACCGUAAAGAGAAAGAUAAAAACACGGCAGACGUCGAUGGUCCCUAAAGAACAUUCGUUUCCCAAAGUCCAGAAUAAUUCCUGAGGCGUGUACGGAUCUCAGCCAGCCGCUAAUUAAUUAACGUCGCUAUAACGAACCACACACGCUCCUCACACACUACACUAUUCCCUUUCCCUUCCUUUACACCGUACGCUUCUGUGUUUGUCCUGUGUACAUAUGUAGAUAAUAUACACGCAUAACAACACUUACACCUAUCACACACGUACACGUAUUCGAGAGAAGAUUAAGUUAAUUCUCGUCUCUACUCGAGACGAGUACCGGGUGUUCGCGAAUCAAGUUCGCGAAUCGCGAUUUUCGUUCUCUAUCUCUUACGAAAAAAGAAAACGCUCCUUAUUUAUGGCUUUCAAGCUUGUCCGUCUCGUUUCUAUCUCCCGUUUCUAUCAAUUUGAGAUCUAACCGUUGGUCCGGGACUGUUCAAGAGUUCCUCAUACGUGCUCUUCUGUUGAAGAAGAGAUAGAGGAAGGUAGCUGUUGAUUUUUUAUCUCUUCAUUAACCCUUCCACUAUGAAGGACGUAUAUAUACGUCAUUGGAAAUUUAGCACGUUGAUCGUCGCUUUAAUUUUCAAUAGAGAUUUGCGGGUACCCGAUUCUUAAAUCAGAUAGUAAUCGAGUCGAAUGGAACCCCACCAAAGUUCGUCCAGGAAAUAAAUUUAUUCGGGUACCCCUAAUUUUCGAACCCCAAUGAUAUUCAACACGUGAAAGUUUUCCCAACCAUUUCUACGAACUCUUGCACAGUCGACCUCACCAACGGAAAUACUUAAUGAAAACGUCAGGAAAUUCGCGAACUAUUCUGGCAAAUUUCUCGUACACCUGGUAUAUUAAAAAUAAAUAAACACUGUCGGUAGAGAAUAAGUUAGUACGUAAGUUAUCAUUUAUUCGCAGUUCGUAGUCUGUACAUAAAAAUGAACAGCGAGAGGAGAGCGAGAGAGGAGAUGAUGAUGACGAUGAUGAUGGAGCAAGAGGCACGAAGAACGACUGAGAGAAUGAAAGAAAAGUGAGAAAGGGGUGAGACAGAUAGGAGAGAGAGAAAACGGCAUCGUACAGGUGACAAAGCGACAAGAGGGUGAGAAAAGUAAGAGUACUUUUUUUCUUUUUUCUUUUUUUUUUUUUA